AUGGAGAAUGACGCCUCGAAUGUUACUGAACUCGAUGUCGCUAAAUAUCUCGAGAGUCGACAACGAGAACAAGCAGACUUCAUUUCCAUCGCAUUUGAUACGAUCUCCGCUUCAGCAACGACUACAGCAUUAAUAGAAUAUUCACCUUUCGCUGUAAAAACGAAGAAAAUCAUUGCUCGCGACUUGUUUUAUCUCGAUGGUGGUGGCAAUUAUCUCGAUGGAACAACCGACAUGACACGCACUCUUCAUUUCGGACAAGCGACACAAGAACAAAUUCAAUGUUAUACUCUCUUAUUAAAAGCGAUUCUUUUCAUUGAAAUGACUGGAUUCCCAUCUGAUGACACUCUCACUGGACGUUAUAUUCAUUCAUUGUUGAGAGCGCAAUUCGUUUCUAUUAGCGAUUCAAAUCAACAUCUCUCAUUCGGUCAUGGAGUAUCACAUGGAAUGGGAGUCAUUGAAGGUGGCAUCUCCAUUAGUGAUAAUCAUUCUUUUGCUACUUCGAUUCCCAUCAGAUCCGGAAUGGUGGUCACCCUUGAACCUGGAAUUUACUUCGAGGAAAAAUGGGGUAUUCGACUGGAGAAUGUCUAUGAGAUCAUUGAAGAUGAUCAACAUUUGAUUCAUUUCAUCCCAUUAACUUUGUUGCCUUAUUCUCGUCCAUUGAUCGAUGUCAAUCUUCUUAAUCCAGAAGAAAUGAUGUGGAUUAAUACUUAUCAUCAACGAUGUCUUCAGUAUGUUGACGGAGGAACAUGGAUGAAACAAGAGAUUGAUCUUUUCCUCUAA